CAAACGAUUUCAGUCUGCCGAAAAUGAUGACGCCAAGGGUAAGUUGAAUGCUCGAUUCAAAGGCAUUUCACCCUCUGAUUAUCACAUUUACAGAAUAAUCUUGUCCAAAAGAAUGAAAAAAUAAAUUAGACUACUUACGCAAUUGUAAAUCGUUGUUCCUCACGCUGCCGAAAGUCAUUGAAUGCACCGAGUUGACCCCCUUCAGGAAUGUGUACAAGUGCCAGGAUAUAAGGCCAUAAAAAUAAGUUUUUGUUUUCUGUACAAAUAUUUUGCUUAUUCUGAAAGAUUACUCCGUCUAAAAUGAUGACUAUUAUAUUUAUUUGAUUUCUCCAUCAAUAUGAAGACUCAAACCCACCGUUUUAUACUAGACCAUAUGUUUUAAGAUGUUGAAUAUGUGAACCACAUCUGAUAUUUUUAAGGACAUAAUGCCUAUGCUUUGUUUGCAUUGGAACAGCUGAUCGCUAGCCUACUUGCAAGACAUCGCUUCAAAUGGGCAUCAUACUAGUAUUUUUCUAAGAAUCUUACGUGACACAUGGCUCACACAGUCCUUGAUGUAUUUUCACUUCAGGCAAAUCCCUUAGAGUUUUUAUAAAGAUAUGGGGGACUUCACCAGGGGUCUUUUUACUCUUAUAUCAAGAUUGUGUAUCCCCCCUCUAUUGCAAAUAAUUGUUUUAAAUACAAAUGCGCCUACUGCCAUCCUCUCCAUGUCAUCGAGUGUCUGCAAGUUUAUAUAGUAAAACCUGCAGUUUGGAGUGCACGAUUGCUCUGUACGAAAUGUGUUUGACAAAAUGGCAGAGAUUGAGGAAGAAAUUAUUGAAGAUGUGUUUACUCAAGCUUCAGAGCAUUUAAAGUCCAUUUCUACUACGUUAGAGACCGAACAACUGUUGUUCUUUUACUCAAGAUAUAAACAGGCAAAAGAAGGGCCAUGCAACAUUCCUAAACCAGGCUUCUUCGACUUCCAGGGAAAACAAAAAUGGGAAGCCUGGAAGAAGCUUGGUGACAAACCAAAGGAAGAAGCUAUGGAUGAAUAUGUUCAUCAAAUCACAAGCAUAGAUCCUGAAUGGAGGGCUAAGGUCACUCAAGGAGGAACCCAGCCUCCCAAGAAAUCUAUAGGUAUGGGAGUAGCAGUAAGCACAAUGUCCAGCCCUGAUGAACACAUUGAAGAUAAAGACAAGACAGUCUUUGAGUGGUGUGCUGAGGGCAAUGUGGAACAAGUUGCAGAGCUUUUAGAGAAAAAGAAUGUCAAAAUUAAUGGAAAAGAUAGCGAGGGUAUGGCACUUCUACAUUGGGCCAGUGACAGGGGCUUAGAAGAAAUGGUUAAAGUAUUAUUACAACAUGAGGCAGAUAUCAAUGCACAAGACAAUGAUGGCCAGACUGCCUUGCACUAUGCAUGCAGUUGCGAACAUACAGAUGUGGUUCGCUUAUUGGUGAAUUCAGGGGCGGAUAGAAAAUUAAAAGAUUUGGACAAUCUCACAGCAUUGGAUAGUACAGACAAUAAAGAAAUCAUUGAACUACUCAAUGGGGGGAAAACAUGAUGAUAUGUUUCCAUGGUGUAUCUGUGUGUGGUGUCAUGUGUCAAUCUCGUGCAGCUAAGUAGGACUACGAAGGGGUUGUCUCAAAUAUCCAAUAUGUAAUCUAUUUCGAUAACAACCCACCACUCUCACGGGUAGUGAUCGAAAGAUUUGUCAGCGUGGGGAGCAUGCUGUUUUUCAUAAAAGCACCCUAAGAAAACUUCACAAAUUAUUUUUCAAUCCAUAUAUAUUUUGUUAUAGCAAAGAAAAUUACCUACUCCAUGCAAUGGGUAUGUGUCAUUUGCGGGUAGCCUCACUUAUGUCUGAAGUCCAA